ACAGGAGGACGUGCUUGUUUUUUGUCGGUGUCGUUCUGUUUCUAUUCUUAACUCGUCUGUAAAACUACAAAAUUUUACUUUGUAAUGUUGAAAAAAAAGUUAGAUUUUCAGCGAUGACAGAAGAAUAUGGCAGAGAACGAUCUUGCUGCGUUCAGGGAGCGUUGGAAACGAGAGUUAUCGUGUAAAAAGGGGGAGCAACGACUGGUUUGUGCGCCUUCCUCUUCCCGGGAUAUUGAUGAUCAGUUAGGCCAGAGAGACUUAAAAAAUCUUAACAAGGCCGGUAGUUAUUCAAAGCCAGAAGAAGGUGGUUGCACGGAGCAUGUUCGUGUAGGGGGAAAACCUGCUGCUCUUGCUGCUGCCGCAGAGACAGAGGAUCAGCCUCAGUAUGUGUCCAUUGCAAGUAGUUUGCUGGAUGGAAGGACCAGCCCUCUGUUGGACAGAAUUGAGGAGGAGAGGAACAGGAGAAAGAGGCAAUAUCAUAACAUGACUAAUGUCUGCAGCUCAUCCUUGCAGCAGCAGCCUCAGGGAAAGGUCAAGAAAGAAGAAGAGCUGGUAGACCAACUCAUUCAGGAUCUGAAUGAAGUCAAUGACAUUCCCUUCUUUGAUAUUGAGUUGCCGUAUGAGAUAGCUUUGAAGAUAUUCCAAUAUCUCAACUGUGCAGAACUAGGCCGAUGUGCCCAGGUGAGCAGGGCAUGGAGAGUCCUUGCAGAGGACUCUGUUCUGUGGUUCAAGUUGUGCGUGAGGGAUGGUUACCAUCAGAAUGCCAGCAUGUCUGACUCGCCCUGCUGGAAGAGUAUGCUGCGAGACUGCAGGAACUCUUCUAAAACGGUGCGCUUCAACUGGAAGAAUCGAGUGGGAUCCAUCAGCCAGCUGCAGUUCGAGUUGGGGAAGGUGCUCUGUGACGUCAGCUCCUAUGACAACUUCGUCUUAGCUGGGUACACGUCUGGUGAUGUGAGGCUGUGGGAUACCCUCCACUGGGACUCAACGGCUUCGUACCUGAAGGCCAAUAGUCUGUCUGCUAACACUGAGCCGAGACCACAUGUUAGUCACGUCCAGGUCAACGGCACGCUGGCUGCUGCUGCGUAUGAAGAUGGCUGUGUAGACCUGUGGAGCACAGAGACAGGUGGGGAACCCAUCUACCACUACCAGACUCCAGGGAGGAUCCAAGUUCUGUCCCUAAGCCCUGACAGUCCUGUCCUGAUCUCUGCCACUGGAUCAGAUGUUCGGCUUGACUGCGCAAAAGACUGUGGCUACUGGAGGACAGUAUGCCAGACUCAGCUACCCAAGACUGUAGAGAGCAUGACUUUAGUCCCAGGUAGGGACCAGCAAUGUCCGUUGGCAGCUCUGGCAGCAGGAGAGUCCAUGUACCUGUUGGACCCUCGGGAGGAGGAGUCAUUGAUGCUCCACUCAGUCUAUGGUCAUCCUGUUACCUGCUUGGAUGCCUCAGAAUCCCAUGUUGCAUUUGGGGUGAAGCGCACAGGCUGGGCCAUGCAUGACGGAGGGAACAAGAUCCACAUCUACAGCCUGGAGACGCGUAAACCGACAGUUUCUGUCGGCAACUCACCGGGAGAUUUCACUUGCAUCAACCUGAGAGACAGCUCUCCUCAUCUGCUGGUGUGUGGGAACAAAGACAGGAGGGUGAGGGUGUUCGACAUAAGAUCUGGCUCUUCUGUCGCAUCUCUGUACGCCCACCACUUGGGGGUCACCUCUGUGCAAGCGGAUGACUGGAAGAUUGUGAGCGGCGGAGGCGAGGGAUUGGUGUGUGUCUGGGAGAUGAGGAUGGGAGCAAAGCUAUGGGAGAUGCACAACAGGCAUCCUGUAAGGCAUGUACGCUUCAACACCAGCACUCUGGUAACAGCCAACAUCCCUGAUGACAAGUCGCCACGGGGAGCUUGCAUCACAGAUGAUGACCUAACAGCUCAUCGCAGACACAGAGGAGUCAUCUGCCACUAUGACUUCUCUGAGGACGCCCUGUCACAGGAUCACAUCCUGCCCAUCUGCAGGUCUGACUACAUAGAGUCUUAUGGCUACAACUACAACAUCAGCCUAGCAGUGCCUUACGACAGGCUGUCUGGUUCCCAUCCGUCCCAAUGACACGCAGUUUUCCAGACUGCAAAUGGACUUAAUUGACUGCAAUUGAAAAGACAGUAACAUUUAUCAGUUUGAACCUUUAAACUGUCGUUUUAUUUAACAGGUCCUCUUUCAUCAUCCUGAUCAAAUCAAGGCUAUUAAAAUGUAGUAGUGUCGGUGUAUUGUAUAUAACUGUUGCAUAGGUAUCUCUAUGUUAUUGUUGAAUCUAGCUGCCCGAUGAAACACUGGGUUUGAUGUAGUCCAACAUCACAGGAAUAAAGUCAUUUUUACCUCAUUUACUAUAUGCAAAUCAUUUGAAUAUUUUUUCCUAUUAAAACAAAAAAAAUGUACACAA